AUGACCGGAAGCUCUGUUAUUUAUUUUUGUGAACAAAAGAGGAAAACAUCAACAUGGACGCCUGUCUAAGCGUCCAAAAAGAAGUGGAUAAAGUACUCGGAAAAUUCGAUGGAAUCAAGGCUCACUCACAGCGCACACUGGAAGAACUAAUCGACAGUUUGAACAACAUCAGGCAUGAGUUGUCAAGUGCCGAACAACACAGUGAACGCAACAGAGUACAUCAGCUGAUCCUUAACUCCGCUCAAAACAGAACGAAAGACAUCUUGACCAGAGUGAGCAAUGAACACAAAGACAUCCACAGCAGCGUCUCCAAAGUAGGCAAAGCCAUUGAUAAGAAUUUUGUAAGUGAUCUGAUCCAGUUGAAUGCAGAGCAGACGUUUGAGUCCCCAGAGAGAAUGCACCUUCUGAAUGAAGUCAUAUGUGAACAUUUCUUACGCCAAGGGAUGUUAGACAUCGCAGAGAAUCUCACAGAGGAGGCUGGUUUAGAUAUGUUAGAUUCGGCAAAAGAACCCUUCCUCGAGAUCAACCAAAUUCUAGAAGCCCUUAAACAGAAAGACCUCCAGCCAGCAUUAAUUUGGGCUUCAAGACAUCGGGAACAGUUACAAGCCAUGAACAGUUCGUUAGAAUUUAAGCUUCAUCGGUUACGUUUCAUUGAGCUGGUCUGCCAGGGCGGAGUCAAGCAACAAGAAGCCCUGGCGUUCGCUAGGAACUUCUCCCUGUUUGCGCAGGGUCACACUAAAGAAUUUCAAGUUUUGAUGGGAAGUCUCCUGUACAUUCGGCAAGGCCUAGAGCAUACGCCUUACUCUCAUCUUCUAGAUCCCAUUCAAUGGGAUGACAUCUCUGAUGUCUUCACCCAAGAUGCCUGCUCCCUGCUGGGGUUGUCUGUAGAAAGCCCUCUAACUGUCAGCAUAUCAGCAGGUUGUGUAGCUCUUCCAGCCCUUCUCAACAUAAGACAGGUCAUGCAGCAACGGCAAUGUCAGGUGGUGUGGAGUGCUAAGGAUGAAUUACCGAUUGAGGUUGAUCUAGGGGAGGCCCAUCGAUAUCAUUCCAUCUUUGCGUGUCCGAUCCUACGGCAACAGACGUCUGAUACCAACCCUCCAGUCAAGCUUGCUUGUGGGCAUGCCAUCUCAAGAGACUCACUCAAUAAACUGACCAACGGAAACAAGAUAAAGUGUCCAUACUGUCCCAUUGAGUCAACACCAGCAGAAUCAAAGCAACUCUAUCUCUAGACUGUAAUGCCAUCAAAGAUGACAACAUUACUGACUGGAGAUCUCAAGACUGCAGUGGCAGCGAACUUCACUCAUCUGCAAAUCGGAAACCUAAAGACAUCUUGGCUUGAAUUUAGGGGAAAAUUACUCAAGACUGCAGGGCUUGAAGCUCAAAAUCUUUACUGGACCUUAAUUUAUUUUACAAUACCAGAAUUAAAAUGAGUUGAAACAAGCACCAAGAACAGAGCCCUGUUAUUCUCGAGGCCUGUCUUUGGCUCAUCAAUGAUAUUCAUGACUGUGAUCUAUCUCAACAAUGUCAAGUUUAGAAAAUAGUCAUUAACAAAGUGGAUUUCGUGUUCCUGUGGUCAUGUUAUGAUACUGAAUAAUAAAAACACAGGAACAGGUCAACAGGCUAAUAUCUGGACCCAAAUUCAUAGAGCUUGUUAAGCAACAAAAUCUUGCUGAUCAAUUUUUGGCUUAGCGUAAAUGAGCAGGAUACCAGUCACAAAUCAUACAUGUGGAAUGGUAAUUUGGCUGGUUUCCUUAUUGUGGUAACGUAUCAUUUAUUUAGUUUAAAAUCAAGUUUAAUGUUUUCUUCUCAUCUUUUCAGAAAAUGAAGACAUGUCUGUAAAUAGUUCAAAACCAACUCAUUUAUCUUGUGUUGAUGUAUGUUAAGUUACACAUUGCUUUUUAUUUACACCCUUGUCUUAAAUAACACCAGUUUCCAAGCACAAUCACUACCUCUACAUCAUGUGGGAAAUGGGUUUUUAUAAAUUAAAUGUAAAUAGGGGAGGUAUUUGGGGUUUUCACAAGCAAAGAAUAAAGCCAUCCUCAGGACAACCUUGCAACACAGAACAGUUGGCGACUGACUUUUCAGGAGGAUGCUGCGCCUGAGGUUAACAUCGUUCAGGACAAGUCGUCGUAUGUUAAUGACCUCAGAUGUUAAGACGAUCAGAGUCGUAUGAUUGAAACUUUGACGAUCAGAGUCAUUCACGGUUUUGUCAAGGUGAUCCUUGUUUUAGGACUUUCACUCGAUGUUUUUUCAGUUUAAAUUAAUUGAGCGUAAUUUUUUCUGCUCAAUGCCGACGGUUCAGUCGCAGCGCAAGCAAACUAACCUGAGGAUGGUUUAAGAUUAACUGUAUAUAAAAUCUCAGCAAUGUUACAGUUGAAGGGAGGACUCGAGUACGUUUAGGUAUAAGUUGUGCUGUGUAACACUUUCAAAACGAGUGUUAGAGGCUUUAGUCCGAACAUCUGAUGCCGCACAUUGAGGCUUAUGACUGAUGCCAAAUACCAAACCUGGCAGUCUCCUGCCAGCAAUUUGACCUUGCAUGGCUUAGCCCUGUGUUUGUAACUUUGCAAAUUUCUUGUAAAUACUUGGUCAUGGUAGGACAAAUCAAAUAAUUAUAGUAAGUGUAUUAUUUAUGAAGUGAAUUUUGUAACAUUGUAUUUUGUACAUAAAUUAUUUCCUUACACAUAACAUUUUAGCAAAGCUCAGCAUACAGAUUGAAUUCACUUCAAAUCUUUAGCAGGCCUUACUAACUAACCCACAGCACCCACAGCAGUUGUCGUGGUGCCCUGUGAUUUUGCUGUGGUGCCCUCUGCAAGGUUCCAAUACAAACUAACAUUUUCCCUUCAAAAGUGAAGUUCAUGGCCUGUUUCGGCAUAUCUCAACUCAACAAAUUUGUUAAAAAGCGUAAUAAUGUAAGAAAAUCUGUAAAACCUUUCUGUUUUUCAAUUGCUAGCAUGUUUUGGGGCUUCAUUUCUUGAGAUGCUUACAGGUUGUGUGCGUUAGUGGGUACAAUAGACUUUAAGUAAAGAUACGUUUUAAGGCUAUGGGAAAAAUACUUUGUAAGUAAGGUUUGUGAUGACACCAUGUAAAAUCUUUUUGAUGGCUCCGAGAAGAGCCAGAUUGUUCUGCUUGGCAUUUCGAUCGGUGUGCUCCGACAGAAUGCUGGACUCUGCUGUGUGUGAGCCUGGAGAUUUUUAUAUGAUGUAAUCGCAAACCUUACUUACUAAGAACUUUAAGUACUGGUAUGUAUUGAUUGUGUGAUGCAUUAACUAAAGCGCCAACAUGUACAUGUAUAUUAUGGCUUUGGGGGGGGGGCAAACGUUUGCCAACCAGUCUUAAACAGCCUGUCUUUAUCAGCCAGUUAAUGUUAGGUAAACAUGGCUUCAAAACCCAAGUCUUAUGUCAUGGAGCUAUUCGCCUAGAAAUAAAUUGCCUAACGCUCUCAGAAGAGUACAAGAGAAAAAACACCAAAUCAGGAGGAAAUAAUUGUAAAUUGCUACGUAUUUAAUUUUUGAAUAAAUGAGGUUGUUGAAAUAGACAAGGUAAUUUACAAAUGAA